AACACUAUCCACACGUCAACGUAUACACUAGGCCUAGACUCAACUCACACCACCCAUUUUACUUUGUACCCGCCCAAUAAUUUAGCGAGCCGCCAUCAUGCCCAAGAUUGUCCGCCUCACGCUCUUCAAGAUCGGCGACAAAGACACCAUCCAGGAAGUAAUCGGCCUGUACAGCACUCUGGCCCAAGACGCAACAAAGGACGGCAAGCAGUACAUCCAGCUGGCCCAGGCCAGUGCACCCUACGACGACCACCGCAGCCAAGGCUACAACCUCAUGGCUCGCUGUGUCUUUGAUUCUCUAACCGACAUGGAAUACUUUGACCAAGAUGAUGAGGUCCAUGCUGGCAUCAAGAAGCAAUUGCUGCACAAGUUUGAGGAAAGGCCAUUGAUUAUCUACUCGGAUAUGCAGUAGACUAUCUGAAGUUGCAAGUGCUUGGAAGUCGGUAUGCUUGCAAAGCAAAUGUGCAUAGCAUUCUCUUCAUUCUGCUUCCAACCUUGCCCGUCCUUCCAGCUCACAGGUGCUAUUGUAUGACGGGAUGCCCUGUGUUUGCAAUCUAGAACAUGAAAGCAUAACGAAAUAACGAAUGACAACAAUAUCUGAU